GCGCCGGUAAAACUACAGCUCCCACAAUUCCCGCUGCUGCCUGGGUGCAGAAUCGACAGAGGCGUGUGCAGAGAGAAGCAGAGAGACACAGAGGGUUCCUUCCUGUGCACUGACAGUGUAGUCAGUGGGUCAGUGUAUGCCAGGACCAGGGGAUCACCCAUCAGGAAGCCCCCCUGCCAGGACUGGACACCAGUGCGGACAUAGCUGUCGCAGAUGAAUAACUAUGAGUGUAUGGGUACGAGCUGGAAUCCUAGGGUCUGUCUUAUACUGUCUGCAUAAGACGCGGCGGGUGUUUGCCGAGGUAAAGAUGGACAGCGCACCAUUGGGAACGGAAAGGCGAGAUUAUGAACUGAAGCUGGUGCAGGUGGUUUUUCGUCAUGGAGCUCGGACCCCAUUGAAGCCAAUCCCACACAACCAACAGGUGGAGUGGUCUGCGUCACUGCUGGAUGCGCCUGACCACACGCAGUUCGAUUACACCGUCACAGAUCUGGUGGGAGGUCCGAAACCCCACUCACCGUUCGAAGAGCGAUACAGGUCUCACACACUCAAGGGUGGGACCUUCCCUGGGCAGCUGACCACGGUUGGGAUGCAGCAGAUGUUUAACCUGGGCGCCCGGCUACGGAGGAGCUACGUGGAGGAUCAGCAAUUCCUCUCUCCAGUGUUUAAACCAUCCGAGGUCUAUGUCCGCUCCACCAAUAUUGUCCGUAAUCUGGAGUCCACGCGGUGUCUACUGGCCGGGCUCUACCAGCAGAAGCAGGAAGGACCCGUCACUAUAGUCACAGCCGAGGCCAACAGCGAAAUCCUGUACCCCAAUUACCAAGGCUGCCGGGAGCUGAAGCACUUGACCAGUGGUAGGAUGCCCGACGCUUCCGCCCAACCGGGUAUGACUGAUGAAUUGAGGAGACUCCAGAGGGAUCUGAAUAUUGACGCUUCCAAGACUGUGGAUUUUUUCCUGCUCCUCGAUAACCUGCUAGCGGAACAGGUGCACGGCUUCCCCUUUUCCCGGAAGUAUAAGAGCCAUCUGCAGAAGUCUGAGCAGAGAGCCAUCGACAUUGUGACUUAUAUAAUGGGACCUAAUAAAAGGGAAGUGCUGAAGCUGAGCGUGGGGUCAUUCCUGUACACCCUGCGGAGCAACAUUCUGGACGUGGCAGAGGGAAGAUCAGCUGUCACACAGCCCAGGAAGCUUUACCUCUACGCCGCGCAUGAUGUGACCCUAAUACCUCUUCUUAUGGCCCUCGGGAUCUUUGACCGGAAGUGGCCGCCUUAUGCUGCUGACCUGACCUUGGACCUGUACCAGCACCGGCUCUCCAGGGAGUGGUUUGCCCGUCUCAGCUACAAUGGGGAGGAACAAGUGCUGAAAGGGUGUCCGGCUGGCCUCUGCCCUCUGCGGCCGUUCCUGAGAGCCCUCUCUGAGUUUGUUAUAACCCCAGAAGACUACAGGGCGCUGUGUUUUACGGAGAUGGGAAACGUAAAGGGGGCCGUGAAAUAGCCGCACUGCAGACAGUACAGGACACUCCCACCCACGAGCAACGCGAAAGGUUCAUUAAAUAAUAGAUGUGGCUCCAGCUAGUGCUGUAGCCCGUAGCAACGGCUCUGCUGCGAUCAGUUUAGCAUACAUGAAAGCAGACGUCCGGUUUUCAUGGGUUGCAACCGACGUGAUUAAACAAACGAAUCAGAAUAAAACCACCUCAGCUGACGUUUAUAGUUAUACCUGGUAAAUGUCCAAAAUUGACCCAAAGUCCUGUAUGUAUUAGAUACACCCUGCUAGAAUGUAUCCAACUGGUAACUUGUAAUCUGUGGGCCAGAUGGUUUCAGUACACACAUCCCCCAGUGCCAUGUAACCUAAUUUGUCUUUGUUAUUUUGGAACCUGAUGGCACGUGAUAUGUAACACGGCCGUGUAGGCCUGGGUGUAUUUAGAGGGCCGCGGAAACAGCUAUACCUCAGUGAUGUCACUACUAGCAAAUUGAUUAAGCUGCAUUCUCCUAAACAUAGCGCACCAGGUGGCAGCCUCCACCGUCAGUGGCGUCUGCACAUCGCGGUGUAAGGAAGAACGGUCUCAGGCGUUGCAGGCUAUAGGUGCACGUCCUGUAGGCACCAGCUCAGUGGCAGCGGAAUCUUUCACUUUGUUUGCCCCUGUGCUGCAGUAUUUUAUUAAAACAGGAACAAAAGGGAAAUCAGGGCCCGGUUUUAUUAAACCUACCUUUUACUUCUUGUGAAAUGGUUCACGUUGUCCAAACACUUUUUAAAGUAUGACAUUUUCCAAAUAAAAAUAAAACCGUUACUCAGUCUUC